AUGGCGCCUAAUACUAGUACAAGUGUGGAGAAUAACAUAGGUCCUUCAAGCAGUACUAACAUGUUAGGUGUAGAUUAUUAUAACUAUCAAGACUUUGAGGUGAUGAAUGAUAUGAUUUCGGAUGUUGUUGGGGUUAAUUUGUCAUUCAAUGAAGAUCAAUAUGACGAUACUGAUGGACUUCCGAAUGAAGAAGCUCAUAGAUUUUAUAGUCUUUUGAAAGAGACACAUAAACUUUGGUUAACAAAUGACAAUCAAACUGCAUUUGAAACGACACAUGGGAUGUUGUUUUGGGAUUAUGCGGAGCGUGAGUCCAAAAUUAACAACUUGUUCAAUGAUGCAAUGGCGAGUGAUGCUAGAUUGGUGAGCAGUGUUGUGAUUGAGAAGUGCAAGGAAGUGUUCAAUGGAUUGGAGUCAUUGGUUGAUGUUGGAGGAGGUACAGGGACCAUGGCAAAGGCUCUUGCCAAAUCAUUUCCACAAUUGGAGUGUACUGUAUUUGAUCUACCACAUGUUGUUGUGGGUUUGCAAGGAACUGACAAUCUAAAAUAUGUUGGUGGGGACAUGUUCAAAGAAAUUCCUCCUGCAGAUGCCAUUUUGUUGAAGUGGAUAUUGCAUGACUGGAAUGACGAAGAAUGUGUGAAAAUAUUUAAAAAUGUAAGGAAUCACUUGUGA